CCAUGCUCUCAACUAGAGGCUGCUAAAGGCUGCUAAAAGCUGCUAGCUGCAUAUAUUCUACAAUAGGGAAAUAUAGACGUCCAUUUGUAAAAACUGAGAGCUGCAAGACAUCAACCGUAUCUUACCCUACCUCAAGUAACGUUGUUUGAAAUACAAGAGAGAGCCUGUCUUGGCAGUCUGAAUCAUUAACUACCUAGGUAGCUCCCACGACGAAAUGGAUAACGGAGCGCGUCUUAGCGACGACACGGAUCUGUUUCACACGUCCCACCUUCAAGAGACCUUGCGGGAGCUUCAAGAAAAAGUCAAAGAACAUGAGGCCGCGCUGAACGAGCUGCGCGCUACUUCAAAUGCACAUCUCUCAAAUCAGUACCAUCCCCUGACGGCACCAUGGGAUAUCAUGAGGGUAGCUUACGAUGAACUGGCAUCGCAGACACCUUUCCUACCAUAUCCGGAAUCCGUAUUGCCUGCUCUCCUAGCUCUCCGCAAAACUCACCAGACUGUGGAGGAAACCAAGGCCUACUUAGCCUCUCAUAGGGAAUCAGUUGAGAAAACCAGGCGACGGCUUGAGGUGGAAAAGUCCAAUCUUGAAGAUCAGAAAGCCCUUUCGCAAAGUUUGCGCAAUCGCAUACAAUCGUUGCGGGAUGGCUUGGAAAGCCGAAUGGAGAUGGGACCGGAAGACAUUGCUGCAGAACGGAUGAACGAGCUGAAGCAAAAGAAAAAGUACUACGAUAAAGAAACUUCAACCCUUCUCAAAGCGCUCAAAAAAUUCAUCGACGAGCAUCUCGCGGGUAUGCUUGCCGCUGAGGAACUGGGUGGCCCUGUUGUUGGCGAUAUCAUGGAUAUUGACGGGGACGAUCUCGCCGCUGGAUUUAGCUCACAGGGCAAGCUGAAGAAGGCAAAGGAGAACCCCGACCAGGAUAAACGACAACGACGCAUUGAUGAAAUAUGGGGUAUACGAGAGGACGGUGAGUCGUCAGGGAAAGCUAAAGCAGGUAGCCGGGAUGAAGCUGCAGCUGCUGGUGAGGAGAUGCGUACUCUAACGGAGGAACUACUCAACGCCUUAGCACAAUCUGAUGGUGAUAGUUCGGCCGCCUACGUCCAACUUCCCAGGGAGACGGCAGCUGCAAGGUUCCUAGUCAGAUCUAAAGUUGCGCAGUUUCACCCUAGGGACUCCACGAAGCUUCGGCUAAUCGACUUUGGUAAAGACCUGGACGAAUAAUACGCUCAAGCUCUCGUCUCCUGUUUCACGAUAUAUUGAUGUACAUACAAGACGCAAUACAACGCAAAGACUACAGCAUCAAACCUGACCAGGCCAAUUUCUAAAUGUGUAUCAGGUGAUACAUCUCCACGUGUCUUGUUUGCGAUAAAUAUAUAGUCCCGAGAUAGGUAGUGGACAUGAGGAAUGAUUUACCUAUCAUGGUUGACCACGCCUACAUUCUGUGUAUG